AAAUGGGAUGAGAAGCUGAAGAUCAUAGCUGAGGGCUAUGCUGUGAAGUGUAUAUGGGAGCACAACCCGGAUCUAGAGGAGCUGAACAUGGGAGAGAACCUGUUUGUGUCCAACGGACUCUUUGACCCCAACAUUGCCAUGGAGGAAGUGUGGGUGAUGAUGAUGAUGAUGAUGAUGAUGAGGAUAGUGAUGGUGAUGAUGGAGAUGAUGAUGGCGAUAAUGGUGGUGAUGAUGGUGGUGAUGGUGAUGAUGGUGGUGAUGAUGGAUGAUGAUGAUUAUGAUGAUGGUGAUGAUGGUGAUGAUGGUGGUGAUGAUGAUGGUGAUGCGGUUGGCGAUGAUGAUGGUGAGGAUGGGGAUGAUGAUGGGGAUGAUGGUAGUGAUGAUGAUGAUGAUGACGUGGAUGAUGGUGGUGACGGUAAUGAUGGUGGUGAUGAGGUUGGUGAUGAUGAUGGUGUUGAUGGUGAGGAUGGUGAUGAUGGUGGUGAUGAUGAUGGUGAUGAUGGUGAUGAUGAUGAUGUUAGUGAUGGUAAUGAUGAUGAUGGUGGGGAUGAUGAUGGUGAUGAUGGUCAUGGUGAUGAUGAUGGUAAUGAUGGUGAUGAUGAUGGUGAUGAUGGUGGUCAUGGUGGUCAUGGUGAUGGUGAUGAUGAUGAUGAUGAUGAAGACAUCAAUACAAGACUGCUGGGGAUGUUUCAGAUGGUGUGGGCGGACUCUCACUCAGUGGGCUGUGCUGUUCAUCGCUGUGACACCAUGGAGGGGCUGUCCUUUGAGAAAGCCACCUUCCUAGUCUGCAAUUAUUACCCAGCAGGUAACUUUAAUGAUGAGAAACCAUAUGAGGAAGGUGAAUGGUGCUCUAAGUGUCCAGACAACCUGCCGCGAUGUGACCAGAACCUCUGUGGUAGGAAUUCAGCACAUGUCAAUCACACAACACUGCCCACAACUCCGCCUGCCUGCCCCCUCUCCUGUCCCUCAAAUGUAUUUUACCUCACUAUCUACCUCCAUUGUCUUGGAAAACACAUCUCAUCCUCUCCAACCUGACCUAAGUGUCGAGCCAAUUGUGGUUGAUCAUGAUAUUCUCUCUUUGUGAAGAUUGAUUUGUUGCUUUGGG